GCUCCACGAAGACUGACGAGAACAAGUCAUACACCGGACCCGGAGUACCGGAUUUUAGUCAACUAUUUUAUCGACCUUUUAGUGGAUCGGAGUCGGAAAUUAAGUUAGAGGCCUUUAAGAAGAAGAAAAAGUCUCCAGAGAAGAAUAUUUAAUUGGUUAUAGCAUAGGUUAUGUAUAACCUGUAUAACACUUGUUAUCGCGGCGUUUUACAGUGAACGAUUAUGAAGUUUCACUGCUAUAUCGAGAUCCACGACAGAAUAUUAUCUGUCUGCUCGCAGAGAAGAUCACAGUCGAUCUUGGCAUUUACUAAGAAAUCGCUCGAAGAUGACGACGUGUACCUGUAUCUGCAAACACGACAGAACAAGCAAGGCACCAAAUACCAGAUUGUUAAUAAUGUAAAGCAAGUGUUCACGAGAUUUAUCGCCGAUGGCAAAGUUACAAUAAGACUGACGCAACCUUGUCACGAUCUGAUAAUUCAGAGUGAUAAUUCAAUUCAAUUGAAAAGCUUUCUUCAUAUAUUGAAUCAAAUAAUAAAUAGACAUUCUCAGCAUGACGUUCUCGUAAACCACACAGUUAUGCCUAAUGUGUUUUUCAACUCGAGUCAAUUCUCAAUGGGAAAAGUCAAAGUUGUAGUGAAGAAAAAGUCCGAGUAUCCAACCUUACAGGGUUUCCCAAGAACUACAGAGCAACUAAUUUUAAGUGGACUGAGCAGAAAGUCAUUUGAUCGGCAAAUUUUGCGUUUGCAAAGUCUAAGAAUUCUAGAUUUGUCGGACAAUAACAUCUUCUAUUUGCCAAAGGAGCUAGGCACUUUACCUCAUCUUCAACAACUUUUACUGUCGCAAAAUAAUCUUGGAAAAUCACCUAAAUCGAAGUGGACAUGGUUAGAGCAAACUGCCAUUAAGCAUAAUUUGCAUUUCUUAGAUAUAAGUAGUAAUUUAUUAACUGAAUUGCCAACACAAAUUAAAAACCUAAAUGCCUUGAUACAUCUAAAGGUUAGCCAAAAUGCAUUGACGUAUUUACCACAUAAUAUUAGAACUUUACGAAAUCUGAGAGUUUUGGAUGUAGCAAGAAACCGUUUGUCGUAUUUACCAGUGACCAUCACAUAUCUGCGAUUACAACUUUUAGACGUUACAGAGAAUCCGUUUACGGAAUCCUACAACAUUAAAAAUGAUGUUUGUGGAAAUUAUAGUACAAUGACAGUAAAGAUGACAAGUCUUGUCGAAUGGUCAGCUAAGAGUAUUCUGAAGUCUAGGAUAACGUAUGAUGCAAGUAUAAUACCAUAUACAUUGGUGGAUUAUUUGGAUGAAGCAAAAUGCUGCUACCUAUGUAGAACUGCCUGUUUUGAUCGUUACAUAAAGAAGCUCAUAUAUGUACCUCUACCAUGUGCCGAGAUAAAAAAGUCGAUGUGUACAGCUAUUAUAUUUGAAGCUUAUUUCUGUUCGUUACUCUGUGCUAACAAUAUCCUCUGUAAGUCAAAAUAAAACACUUUAACACAUAU